AUGUACCCGACAGCAACCACCCCAAUACAAACGAUCGGUCUUCGAGAGGUGUGCCAGGUCAACGGUCGUCACUUUAAACGAAGGAGGGGCACAGAGGAGUGGAUCGAGUACGAGCCGGAAAACACUUCUCUGCCACCUAUACAGCCACAACCGUUGUAUCUCUCUCUUGUCCACGAGAAACAGGGUCCAGAUGAGCCUCUCCACUGGUCCCUCUUCGUGGCCCCCGAAAAUGAGCCUGGAUGGUUAUAUCAAGUGACUGGUGAUGCAGAACACAUGACCUACGAGCCUUCUGAUGGAAAAGUCGAUAUCACUAGCUCUGAGUCGUUUCUGACCUUGUAUCAAUUGGCUUCUCUGACAGAGGGCCAGGCGAUGGUGGUAAAGGCUAUUACCGAUCACGAAACUCCCCCACAUGCAGUUAAUCGACGAGAAGUUAAGGAGAACUGUCAGGGAUGGGCGGUGCGUGUUCUUGGUAAAUUGAUUGAGGAGGGUAUUGUGUCAGCUUCCAAGCUUGAUAUGACUAAAUCAAUGAUGCAAUCUGUCUGA